AUGGCACUUGAGGAAGACAUGGCAGUUCAGUGCCAUUGCUCUAAUAAUUUGAGACACUGGUCUUGGCCAGAAGAGGCAAACACGGAGUUACAAGAACAAAGGAUCCGAGUCAUGAAUGAACUUACUAUGGCCUUCAUGAAGAAUGCACAUAGGGAGUUAGAAGAACAAAGACGACGCUCUUUGAAAGAACUUACUGUCAGUUUCUUGAAGAGGACCAAAAUUCAUGGCCUUCAUUACACCUUCAGAUGUGGUGACAGUAAAUGGAGGCGAACCUUUUGGAUGAUGGCAUUCACUGCUGCUAUCGUGUUGCUUUUUAUGUGGUCCCUCAAUAGGCUUUUCUACCUGCUUUCAUUUCCAGCAAUCACCAAAGUCCAGAUGACUUGGGCCAAGAGUCUGUACUUUCCAGCUGUAACCAUCUGCAAUCUCAACCUGGUCCGACUGCUCCAAAUGAGUAAGCAUGACUUGUACUACAGUGGACACUGGCUGAAUGUCCUGCAGCAGGACAAAUCACUCAGCAGAGUCAGCACUAUAGUCAUAGGUGAGAAAAUGAUGAACCAGCUGCUGCAAAUGUCUGAUUUCCAAGGGUAUUUUCCACCUUCCCAGAGCAAAUUCAACACAACGGAGCUGUUUGACAGAGUGGGGCACCAAAUGGAGGAUAUGCUGCUAGCGUGCCACUUCCAGGGUAAGGACUGCACUCACCAAAACUUCACAACAGUCUUUACCCGGUAUGGGAAAUGCUACACAUUUAACUCUGGAAAGGAUGGCAGCCCACUGCUAACGACACUAAAGGGUGGCACAGGCAAUGGUCUGGAACUCAUGCUCGAUAUUCAACAAGAUGAAUAUCUUCCUGUCUGGGGAGAAACCGCUGAAACCUCCUAUGAGGCCGGUGUAAAGGUACAGAUACACAGCCAGACAGAGCCCCCUUUUGUUCAUGAGUUGGGUUUCGGGGUACCCCCAGGUUUCCAAACCUUUGUCUCCUGCCAGGAACAGCGGCUGAUGUACCUACCACCCCCGUGGGGUGACUGUAAAUCGACUCCCAUGGAUUCAGACUUCUUCACAAACUACAGCAUUACUGCCUGCCGCAUUGACUGUGAGACUCGCUACGUAGUGGCCAACUGUAACUGCAGGAUGGUACACAUGCCAGGUAACGCCGAGGUGUGCACACCUGAGCAGUAUAAAGAGUGUGCGGAUCCAGCUCUAGAUUUCUUGGUGGAACAGGACAACAACUUCUGUGUGUGUGACACCCCAUGUAGCAUGACCCGAUAUGGUAAGGAGCUAUCCAUGGUAAAGAUACCAAGCAAGGCUUCUGCCAAGUACCUUGCCAAGAAGUUUAACAAGACAGAACAGUACAUUGCUGAGAAUGUCCUGGUUUUAGAUAUAUUCUUCGAGGCCCUCAACUAUGAAACAAUCGAACAAAAGAAGGCAUAUGAAGUAGCAGGCUUGCUAGGUGACAUUGGUGGUCAGAUGGGCUUAUUCAUUGGGGCGAGUAUUUUAACAAUAUUAGAGAUACUUGAUUACUUGUAUGAGGUUUUCAAAGAUAAAUUACUUGGGUUCUUUAAACGCAAGAAACGACCGAAGAGAAGCCAUAGUGAUAACCUGAGCACCUGUGACACACUGCGGAGUCACUCGGAAAGUCUCGGAUACACACCGAACAUGCUACCUCGUCACCCGCCUGUAGGUAACUUUGAAGAGUUUGCCUGUUGACAUCAAGUCUCCAUUAAGUGACAAACAGAUAGCUUCUGCAGGAACUAAUACAUACACAGCAAGAAAAUUUCUGAUUUGUACAAUUUUUAAUUCAUUAGGUUUUAAGAAAAUAAAAAUGAAAACAAAAAAAAUGUAGAGGACUUUGCAAAGUGAAACAGGGAAAUGACAUGGCUAUACUGCCCUUGAUAUGAUGUAGUCACUGUUUCCCCAUUUGUGGAGAACACAACUGUAGGGUGAUCAUAGAACAAUGAUUUGUGGAUACGUCUCAAAGUACUUGUGGGUAAAGCCAUUCCUCUUUCUCUAAAUUGCAAAUACAGAGUAAUCCCUUGUUCAUUUAUUCUCAGAAAUGCAUGAAGUACUGAUGGGCUGGUGGAUACCCAGAGAAAGACGGUCAGUUGUUUUGAGAGACAUUCCUACCUCAAGAACAACACAAGCUGGUUUGAAACAGUGACAAAAGAAAUGAACACAAGACUGGAAGAAGCCCAUCUGCUCUUGGUGGUUAUUACAUUUAAAAGAAUCAACCAAAGUACUGUAAGGUUGUGAAUAUAGAUAUCAUGCCGUGAGAUUAGAUAGAAAUGUAUUUUGUCUUACUGCACCACCUUACCAAAUGAAACCAAGAACCUGCCAGUAUAUUAGAAUAUGACAACCAUCCCUCAGUGUGUGUUUGUUCAUCAACAGAAGUCAUCUGGUCAGCUUGACAAGGCCAAAUGUCAAUCUCUUUUCCAGUAAAAUCAGAUUUUUUUUAGGAAUUAUUCUCCAGUGAAAUUAUAGACCAGUCAUUUUUAACUCUUCUCCAGUGUGAUUAGACCAAUAGACAGCAUUUUUUUUACUUAAUAUUCACAUAAUAUUGUAAGCUCUCUACAAUGUCUCAGAUAUAGGUAUGCUACUGACUUAACUUCAUCUACAAAUACACAAAGGUCAAAAAAAUCUUAGUAAAUUUGAAGAGGUUAAUCUGAGGACUAGGUUGAUGAAAACUUCACUAGUACACAAUAGUAGCACCACAUUUUGGCACAUAUUUCAUGGCUUCACAUUUCCCCUCCCUUCUUUGGAAAAGCUGUGGCAAUGAGCUGUAGGAUUGAAUUCUUGUUCAAGUAACUCCACUGUAGAUUUAGCCAUCUUAGUCAAACCGAUGAAGAAGCAAGCCUCAACACCGUAAAAGUACUCAGAUAUUUAAAAUCAAAGCCUGAUUCUGAGGGCUAUAUUUGCAAAACCAACAGAAAGGAGGAAAUGCAGAUGAAAAAGGAAGCCAUAGUAUUUCAGAAAAACUAAAUGAGUGGCUUCCAGUGACAUCAAAUCAUAUACUUAUACAUCAUCAUUUCACUAAUGAAAAGUAAAAAAUAUAGUUCAAAUUAGCUCUUGUGAUGACAGUCAUGUCUCAAGAUAAAAGUCAAAACAGACAUAAUGAUUUCUCGAGAGAGUAGCAAUAGUAGUGACUCAAAACCAGAGUUAGCAGAAGGCUACAGGACUGGAGGCAAUGUUCGAAAAUUAAAACAGCCUUAGAUUUAAAGGAAUACAUGGAGAUAGUAGAAAGAUCACAGUCACAUUUUUGAAAUAACCAUAAAUACACAGGUCCAAGAGAAAUGUGGUCACAUGAUGCUAAAUAAGUAGGAUAGUACAGCACACAAUUGAAAGACAUUGAGGAUGUUUAGAGUUCAAUGUCAGGGUAAAAAUAAUAAGGCCGUGUCUCAACAGUAAAGGAGUAAUAGCCAAAUUACACAUCAUAAAGUAUCUAGACAUCUCACACUAAUUAAAUUAAUAAAAUGGUCAAAGCGAGUAGUGAAAAACAAAGAAAUGUACAGGUCUGGAAUUUGUAGAAGACAGAGAACAGUACAGAAACAACAUUAAUAAUGGUAACCUAGUGUGAUUGUAUCACAGUACUUAGAGAGCUGGGUGUUUCUGACAAUGUCAUUAAGCAACUUACAUGAAGGAGAGAUCCUCAGUUAACAAAAGUGGAAAGCAUGAAGCACCUAUGGUUGUAGUAGCCAAAGUACAAAUUUAAAGCCAUACCAUGAGGUAAAAAUAAGUGUGUGUCAGAAGUAGUAAUGGAUGUCAUCCCUAGAAAGAAAAAUUAGACAAGAGUACUUUUUUCUCCAUGACACAAAUGCAAAGGAUUAAGACUUGUUUGAAAAAAAUUCCACUUCAUGCAGUUAAACUCUGGAAGUCUGCAUCACCUGAAGCUCUGAAUGGAUAACAUAAAUAAAACUUAAGUGCUGAACCAAAAAAGAAAAAAAGUUCUGAUCUCAAACUGGAGACAAACUGGGAUGAAGCUGCUAAAAUUGGGUUCAUUAACUAGAAUUGAUAAUCCACAUGUAGCAGCAAAACAGCAGGAUAUUUAUUCGGGGUUACAAUUUAUUACACAUUGUGACAUGACUGUGAAGCAGGAAAACAACUUUAAAGUGAGUAUAGAAUGAAGAUAGGAAACUAGGAAAGCUGUGAUGAAAAUAAAUGUAAUUAACAUCUCGACACGUUUAUCUAGGCAUUACAUUUCCAAACUGGACAUUUAUCUUCACUUAUACUGAAGUAUGCCACUGAAUACGAUUAUGAAAUUAUCAUGCCACAAGAAAAGACUACACGUGAAACCCAUGAACGAAAAAGUGCCUACAUGGAGAAGUACAAUCCAUAGCAAAGGUGGGGAGGUUUCUUCUCAAAAAAAGUCCCAUGAAGAAAGAAAUCACCAUUCUAUAGUUAUACAGCACUGUUCAAGAGAGUAUGAAUUACUGAGGGGAUAUGCCCUGCCAUACUGUGUAGACAAAAUGCACAGCUGAGUAACUUUUUUUUUUAACCAUAUGCUAUUUAUGCCACCUGUGGUGAUAUGAACAACCACUCUCUCCCCUCAGGCCAGAGCAUCCAGCUUGUUCUCCAGUCCUGAAGCCACUUUUGGUGGAGAUCCAUAAGGUGGAGACCAGAAUUGCUAAAGCUUGUUACCAAGGUUUAUGGGUUAGUGUGAGAUGGGAUGUUCUUAUUAACACUUCACUGGACAUUUUAGGCUCCACUUCCCUGGCAGGUUGACGUGCACCACUAAAGAAGGAGACUGAAGUGUCAACUUGGAAGCAUAUGCAUGCUUCCACCAAUGUGCCAGAUUUCGCUACAGUGUGAUGUAUGACUUGGCAGGUCAGGCAUUGUCUCCAUUCUGCAUCUUUGCACAUCUAUGCAGUCUCUGCUUGGUGUUAGCAGAGCAGCAGACUGGGUCACCUUUAUCUGCCAAGGUAGGCAAAUAAGUGUAGGGCACUCAUGCCCACCUCUCCUGACCAGCUUCUCCAGGGCUCAGGUUGUUAAUCAAGAUGUAAUAGUCUGUGUUGUACAGAGGAGUAAUGUAACUGCAUGAAAAGUGGGUUAAAACUGUAUAAACGACAACCCGGAGCACUUUUCUGCGACUGUACAACAUGUUUUAUUUAAAAUCUAGUUUAUUACUUAUCACUGCAAUGUUUACAAGAGUCAUGUGAUAUAUGUAGACCAAUGGGGUUACAAGGUUUUUCAGCUGUCUCUUACACACACACACACACACACACACACACACACACACACACACACACACACACACACACACUGUGUAAUAGCUGAUAAGGUAGAAGUCAUGACUUAAACUGCAAAGCAUGCAAGAAACUGAAAAGAUACUGCCUACAAAAAAUUCCUUUACAAAUUAAAAAUGCUAUUAGUAACAGAAACCUUUGACCAUAAGAAAUGGUUUAAGCAAUUUAUGGAUUUCUGAAUGUAUUUUACAAUGAUCAUAAGCUAACAGCUAUUCAUUGUUUAGUUAGUUACUUAACAGCUGUGACAGUAUCACAAAGUACAUUAAAUCAUUUUCUAAGGUCCGUUCACAGGUGAACAUCAGGAGAUAAUUACUAAAAAUGAAUAACUUAUGAGCAGAUACAUAUGGAGUGAUAAGCAUCCUUAAAAUAUAUCAGAAAGCUAAUGAAUGUCACAACUAUAUAGAAGAUACAAAGGCUCUUUGGAAAUGCUGUUGCCAUUUACACAUGGAGAUACAAAAAUCAGACCAGUCUAAAUCAAGCAUUAGGCCAUGUACGAAGAGUUUCAUACUGUCAACAGUACUGUGAUAUUAAACAUUUCUACUUAUAGCACAAUCUGUACUCAAGUUCUUCAAUCCAAUGCCUUCCGAAUAAAGUCAAAGAGAAAAGAAAAAAAGGAGGCCAAGAAGACACACAAAAUGCUUCCUAUCGUCCUUCUCUUUACCUUUAAAAUCAAAUGUGACAACAUGAACUGAAAAAUGUUUGACGUAUACAUUUUCAUUAGCGGCUAACUACCUGAAUAGAGACAGGUAAACAUGUCCAGUUGCUGCAUUUCACUCUUUGUCUGAACUAAAGACUUCAAGCCAAGGAUGCCAUGCUAUCAUUGGAAAAGGACAUCUGUGCAAAUGACAGUGACUAUGAUAAUAUUAGAUUUUGCGCUUGAAUCUCCAGUAGGAACAGUAUGUAUGUCAGUGUAUUCCAUUGUCAUUUAAACCCUUGAAGGAAAAGUCAAAGAUUGUAUAUUUUGACUGCGGGUGUCAUAAGUACCUUUGAUUGUACGUUUGCUUCACUGUUAAGCUAUCACAGUAUGCCUGACAGUCAUCUCUGGACAAAAUUCUAGCUGUUCAAUUAUACAGUGACAGACUAUCUCUGCACUUUUCAUUGUUGUAUUACAUUAUGCAUUUAUUUACAUCUGUGCCAGGAGUUCAGUACCUGCACUGUAGACCCAAGCACUGUACAAGGAUAAAGGUAGACAAAGCAUGUUGUUUCCGGAACAAGUUAAAUGAAUGAUUUUGUAUACAUAUCAGGCAGAAAUGACAGCUUUAGAAAAUGGCACUCUGAUGAAUAUGCUGUUUAUGAUCAGAAACCGAACAUAUUUACACUGGAUACAAUUUACAUGUAGUUCUUCACAAACAGCUGAGUAUAUGUUAAGGAUAUAAUAAGAAAUCAAGUGCUGCUGUAUUUAUUUUGUUCAGCUUUAAAGUCCUCUGAUAAUAGAAUCACUGUGAAUGUAUGUAACACUGUGGCAAAUCAAACAAACUGAUGUCAGGUGAACCACAAUAGUCAGUAAUACUAAAGAUGUGCUAUACAACAUAGCAUGUUGGGUAAAUGAUUCAUAUGGUGACCCUGACAUUUUCCUAGGUCCUUGUCUCUGCUGUUAUUAAAAGAUUUCAGGUGGCAUGAGUUAUUUACUAUACAAUGAUUAACUUUACAACACAAGUAGGCUCAUUGUGGUACAGGAUGUAAUGAACCACUCACUGUCUGGUUUAAUCUCCAUUUUACAGAAUGUCUCCAGUUUUAAAAGGAAUUUUUGUUUCCUUACGACAUUUAAUGUUACAAGUAAGGCAUGAUAUGUCUACAGCAAUGAUUCUUUACCAGGGGAACAUAGAUUGAAGUGCUUCUAGGUAGAGCGUAGUCAUUUAAUACACAUUUUCACCAAGUCAUGACAUUUACUUUGUGCUCAGCAGCUGUCAGCCUGAAGGACGUCUACUGCCCGAACCCUUAACAAAUUAGACAUUCCAUUUCUGGAAAUGCAAUACCAUGUAGCAUUUUUUAAUAUCUUCCUGAUAAAUUCUAAUUAUUAGAUUCAGAAGAACGCAGUUCAUCUCUAAUACUUAAUUUAUACUGUUCUUUUUUUAUUUAUUUAAAAAUAUGCUGAAAAUACUUUGCCCAGAGAAGAAAAUGAACCUAAAAAGUGCUAAAUUGAUAAAAUGGAAUUCUAAGAUAUGCAUAUACGCAUGCAUUUCUCCAAAUACUCCCAAUUACUCAUCUUCAAGCUUUCAUUCAAUAAAACCAAGGACUGAGUAGUAUGACAUACUCUGUGUAUCUAAAGCAUUUAUGAAGUGAUCUCUUUUGGGUUGCAUGUGUUAGUGUUAUUAUGCGGACAGCAUUACAAAUGUUUUAUGUCCCACACUACAGCAGAAGCGUAGUGGCUCAAUAGUUAAGACAUCAGCCUCACAGCUUCAAGGUAUGGGGUUCAGUCCUGACUUCCAGUCACUGCUAGUGUGGUGUCUGUAUGCCUUGUCCAUGUCUGGGUAGGUUUACUUCACAUAUCCUACAUUUUUCCCAAAAAUCUGCUAUGUAAUCAGUUAUUCUAAACUGUCUAUAUAUCUUACAUUUGCCCUGGCUGUCCUGGCAUGGGCCAUGGCCAAAAAGGGUCAAAGUAGACUACAUAGUUUAUUUUAUUAACAAAUAAAUGGCAUUGCUGUUAUACAGUUGAGUUAAAUAUGAUGCAUUAAGAAGUAGGCCAAAAAGAAAGACUAGUGCUGAGCAAAGCAUCAUCUGCAUUGUAAAAGCUUGAAUGAUGUAUAUUUAGGUUCAUACUAGGUUGUCUGCCCUAGGGCAUUUAUAAGCCUAGCCAGAGUGCGUUUGGUUUUCGCCACCCA